GUGACAAGUCGACUGUGAGACGGCUGGGGUCCCCGUCCUGUCUCUGGAGGUGGCCGAGCAGAGGGCGUGGCAGGUUGCAGAGCGGCCGAUCGGGUGUGAGCUAUCGAGGCGCCGUGGGACGGGUCCCAGCUUAUUAACUGGGUCUGCUGUCCAAGUGGCACCACCUCAGAAAACCUGCGGAGAUGGCUGCAAACAAGAGUAAGGGCCAGAGCUCUUUGGCACUGCACAAGGUGAUCAUGGUUGGCAGCGGCGGAGUUGGCAAGUCGGCCCUGACGCUUCAGUUCAUGUAUGAUGAGUUUGUAGAAGACUAUGAACCUACUAAAGCUGAUAGUUACAGAAAGAAGGUGGUUCUUGAUGGAGAAGAAGUUCAGAUCGACAUUCUGGACACUGCAGGACAAGAGGACUAUGCAGCCAUUCGAGACAAUUACUUCCGGAGUGGGGAAGGAUUUCUCCUUGUCUUCUCAAUCACUGAACAUGAGUCUUUUACAGCAACUUCGGAAUUCAGGGAACAGAUCCUUCGGGUUAAGGCUGAAGAAGAUAAAAUCCCAUUGCUUGUCGUGGGAAACAAGUCUGAUUUGGAGGAGCGGAGACAAGUACCCAUCGAGGAAGCAAGGAGCAAAGCAGAAGAGUGGGGUGUUCAGUAUGUGGAAACAUCGGCCAAAACACGGGCCAACGUGGACAAGGUAUUCUUUGACCUCAUGAGAGAAAUCAGAGCAAAGAAGGUGUCUGAAAACAAAGACAAGAAUGGCAAGAAAAGCAGCAAGAACAAGAAAAGUUUUAAAGAACGAUGUUGCUUACUGUGAAAGCCCCAGUGGUGGAUGAAGUCUGCACCACUAAGGACUCAGGAGGAUUUUCAGCUCAGACUGUGUACCCCUGCUCUCCACGUCCCCCAUCUUAUUCACACCAAAUCCUCUUGUGAGGAAGGAGUUCAGUGGCUGGCCACAGAAACAAGCCCUUCGCUUGGCUGCUGUGCCAGGAGGUUCGGGAUUUCUUCCCAUUCCCCCGUCCUCCUCCCCCUAAACUGACCAGGUGUCUAGUGCUGUAGGCAAGAAAUGGUCAGGUGUGAGUCCAGAAGACAGAAUGCUGCCGCCUCGUCUUACAGCACUGCCAUCUUCCCUUCUAAAUAAAAAUGUCUUAUUUUG